AUGAGAGGUACAGAGAUAGUGUUGGUUUUGGUUUGGUUGUUUUGUGUUGAUGCCUCUGCUUCCUUUGGCAAUGUAACGUACGAUCACAGAGCAUUGAUGAUCGGUGGGAAGCGCCGAGUCUUGAUAUCUGGUUCUAUUCAUUACCCUCGUAGCACUCCAGAGAUGUGGGAAGACCUUAUUCAAAAAUCCAAAGACGGAGGAAUAGAUGUGAUCGAGACCUAUGUUUUCUGGAACUUACACGAACCUGUUCGAGGCCAGUAUAAUUUUGAAGGGAGGGGUGAUUUGAUCAAAUUUGUGAAGACAGUAGCAGCAGCAGACCUAUAUGUUCAUCUCCGGAUUGGUCCAUACGUAUGUGCUGAAUGGAACUAUGGCGGUUUCCCACUUUGGCUGCAUUUUAUUCCGGGAAUUCAGUUCCGAACUGAUAAUGAACCAUUCAAGGCAGAAAUGCAACGAUUCACUGCUAAGAUUGUGGAUAUGAUGAAGCAAGAGAACCUCUAUGCAUCACAGGGAGGGCCUAUAAUUUUGUCUCAGGUUGAAAAUGAGUAUGGGGAUGUUGAUGGGGCCUAUGGUCCUGCUGCUAUAUCUUACAUCGAUUGGGCAGCAUCAAUGGCUACAUCUCUUGAUACAGGAGUUCCAUGGGUCAUGUGCAUGCAGGAUGAUGCUCCUGAUCCAAUUAUUAAUACAUGCAAUGGAUUUUACUGCGAUCAAUUCAGACCAAACUCCAAGACAAAACCAAAAAUUUGGACUGAGGGUUAUAAUGGAUGGUUUCUUUAUUUUGGUGGUGCUGUAGCUUACAGACCUGUGGAAGAUCUUGCAUUUGCCGUGGCGCGCUUUUUCCAGUUAGGUGGAACUUUACAAAACUACUAUAUGUACCAUGGAGGGACUAACUUUGGCCGGACAGCUGGUGGACCGUUCGUUGCUACUAGCUAUGAUUAUGAUGCACCAAUUGAUGAGUAUGGAAUUAUAAGACAGCCUAAGUGGGGCCACCUUAAAGAUGUGCACAAGGCCAUAAAGUUUUGUGAAGAAGCAUUAAUAGCUACUGAUCCAGCAAUUAUAUCUCUUGGUCCAAAUCAAGAGGCUGCAGUUUACAAGACAGGAGCCAAAUGUGCUGCCUUCCUUGCCAACAUCAACUACACAUCCGAUGCAACAGUGAAUUUUAAUGGCAAUGCAUACGAUUUGCCUGCCUGGUCUGUGAGCAUCUUACCAGAUUGCAAGAAUGUAGUGCUUAAUACUGCAAAGAUUAAUUCUGCAUCUAUGAUUUCUAGCUUCAUAACCGAUUCUUUAAAGGAAGAGGUUAGUUCUUUGGAGGAUUGUAGCCCAGGUUGGAGCUGGAUCAGUGAACCUAUUGGUAUUUCAAAGGCUGAUUCAUUCUCAAAAUUUGGAUUACUGGAGCAAAUAAAUACAACUGGUGAUAGAAGUGACUACUUGUGGUACUCAUUAAGCAUUGAUAUUGAAGAUGAUGCUGGUGUUCAAACUGUCCUUCACAUUGAAUCCCUUGGUCAUGGUCUACAUGCUUUCAUAAAUGGGAAGUUUGCAGGGAGCGGAACAGGCAACAGAGACAGUUAUAAGGUCAAUGUGGACAUCCCCAUCACACUUGUGUCUGGGAAGAACACAAUUGAUCUCCUCAGUUUAACUGUGGGACUUCAGAACUUUGGAGCUUUUUUUGAUACAUGGGGUGCGGGGAUCACUGGUCCAGUAAUAUUGAGAGGUUUGAAGAAUGGCAGUACUCUUGAUCUCUCCUCCAAGCAGUGGACAUAUCAGGUUGGCCUUAAAGGUGAAGACCUAGGUCUUCCUAGUGGCAGUUCUGGAAAGUGGAAUUCACAAUCUACCUUACCUAAGAAUCAACCCUUGACUUGGUACAAGAUAAACUUUGUUGUUCCCUCUGGCAACAACCCAAUUGCAAUUGACCUCACGGGGAUGGGAAAAGGUGAGGCUUGGGUAAAUGGGCAUAGCAUUGGACGGUACUGGCCUACAUAUAUCUCUCUAAAUAGUGGCUGUACUGACUCAUGCGAUUAUAGAGGAUCUUAUGAUGCAUCCAAAUGUCUCAAGAACUGUGGAAAGCCAUCACAGACAUUAUACCAUUUACCACGAUCAUGGUUGCAACCAAAUAACAACACUCUUGUAUUGUUUGAGGAAAUUGGAGGCAACCCUACACAAAUAUCCUUUGCUAUAAAAAUAAUAGGAAGCUUGUGUUCACAUGUAUCUGAGUCUCACCCUCCACCUGUAGACUUGUGGAAUUCAGAUACAGAAUCAGGAAGAAAAGCAGGGCCUGUACUCCCACUAGAGUGCCCUUAUCCUAAUCAAGUCAUCUCUUCCAUUAAAUUUGCAAGUUUUGGAACACCUCAAGGGACUUGUGGGAACUUCAAACAUGGACAAUGUAGCAGCAACGAGGCUCUAUCCAUUGUGAAAAAGACCUGUAUUGGAUCAAACAGUUGCAGUAUUAGAGUAUCAAUUAAUACAUUUGGCGAUCCAUGUAAAGGAGUGACAAAGAGUUUAGCCGUUGAAGCUGCUUGUACGUAG